CAACUAAUCAAAUAAUAAGAAAUUAUGUAUAGAUAUGUUGUCAGAAAACACUGCGACUGCUGUACUGUUAAAGUACUUGUAAAAUAUAUAAACGUGCAUCAUUUGUAAUUCCUGUACAUCUGUCCCCAUUCCAGCUGGGGCAUUUUCCCCUCUCAUUUCUGGGUCUAAAAAUCAGGUUAGCGUUUUAUAAGGAGCUUAGCGCAGAGGGCCACAGUGUGCCACUAAUGUAAUAGAAUAUCUCUCUCUCUCUCUCUCUCUCUCUCUCUCUCUCUCUUUCCCUCUCUUCAUUCUGUCCUCUUUUCUCUUUGUGCAUUUGCUUACUCUGUCAUGGAGUGACCUCCCUCUCUUUCUUUCUCAGCGCAUGUCUUUCAUUCUCCUUGGACGUCCCCUCCUUCGGUCUGCUCUGCCUUCAUAGGUGAAAUGCUGAGGUGUACACAUCAGGACUGGGACAGUUUGUGAACAGGACCAAACAAAACCAGGCAGGAAAAGUAGAGGACAGACACAAGGAGAGGCACUGCUGCUGCCACAGACAUACGAAGACACAGAAGAAACAUGGAGACCUUCUUAGGAGACACAGAAGAAAGCACUGAGGAUGUUUCAGGACGUAAAAAGUCAAAGCUGAAGUCAAUAAAAUUACGUCUCUUUGGGAAAAGCAAGAAAGAGGCAGAAGCAACUAGAAAACUGAGCCAGUCUGCCAGUGAUAUCACAGCUGCGGAAGCACUUGGAUCUGAUGAAGAUCUUGUAUGUAAUCCAGCAGUCAUGGGAUCGCGAGCAUUGUCUCAUGACAGCAUCUUUUUGGCUGACCAGUCCUUGACAGAGAGUGAACCAACUAGAGUUUUAUCUCAGGAGAAUGUUCACUUCAAGAUCAAAGCACUACAGGAGAAGUUACAACAACAAAAGUUUCAUUUGGGGCCACCACCUAUGAUUCCUCCAAGCAAACGUACAGAAGAUCAAACUAGUCACUCAGAAGAAGAUGUCCACAACCAAUCAGAGAGGACAGAGAGGCACAUAACACAGGAAACUCUCAAUAAGGCCUUAUCCCAAAUAUCCUCUAAUCCCACUAUUAAACCAGUACCAAUAAAACCUUCUCCAAAAACAUCUCCCAUCGAGGAAACACCAUUGGACUUCAGCUCUCCAGCUCAGUUCACCCCCAUCUUAGAUACAUCAGCUGCCCGCCACCGCCUAUCUGUUAAACCCCGAAACCAGAGGGCCAGCACCAAGAAGAGACAGUCCACUGUUGAGCCCACAACUCUAACAUCUGACCUAAACAACUCAGAAACACUUAAAGAGGAGAAUGAACAGUCUGACGUCCAAGAAGAGCUUAAACGUGAAACUGAGAAUGCAGAAGUGAAUGAAGCUACAUCAGUGGUAUCAGAACUCAUAAAGCCUGAGACACCGUCCAAUUCGUCUAACAGUGUUUCUCCCCAAAAAGACAUUUCUAUACUUGGGAAAAUGCCCACAGUGUCCCAACAGAUUCUUCGACCAAAAGUGAACAGAACUUUAGAUAUAAUGCCCCGGCCACACUCAUCUUUUAUUCCAUCAGACGUAACGGGAAGGUCUGACAGCUCUGGAAAUGUUGACAUUCAAUUUUUAAGGGAUACACAAAACAAGACUUGGGCUACUAAUAUGAAAUCUAAAACAAUGUCUUCUGACCAGCCAUCUGUGAGCGCAGGAAUAACAUUACGACAUACAGUUGAGGUAGACAGGACAUCAGCAAUUAAGAGACCUCUCCCAGGCUCUGGUUCCUUUCAUUUGUCUGCAUCUAAAAGGAAGGAAGAGGAGGAAAGGCCACGUUCAGGCAGUUUCACUGGGUAUCGUGAACAUGCUUGGAUAAAGACAGGGGAAAAAAGACUGGACACCUCUCCAAACAUAAGCCCUAAAGUGGAUUUAAAACCUGGUGCAGUUCCCUUUAUAAUGGGAAGAGAAGAAACAUGGAUGAUAAAGGAUAGUCUUAGAAAGGUAGAAACAGCAAGACCCUCUAAAAACAAACUCACAGACAUAGGUAACCAUUCUGACACAGCAAAAGAGUCAGAAGAGGAAGAAGCAAAGACAACAUUUGGUGUUAAACUGCGGUCCACAUCGCUAUAUGUGAGGCCGAAGCCAAAAACAGCUUCAAAUGAAUGUUUAAAGUCAGCAGUGACUGAGGAGAAACAACAUAAACAAGACACAAGUAAUAAUACUGACCUAUUGUCUACAAAAAACAUAAUUGCAGAAACCAAGCAAGAUGUAUCUACUCCCUCAUCUGCAGCCAGUGUCCCAGCCAAACAAACAGCCCCUGCUCCUGUUAACACCCCACUGGUUUGUGCUGAGGCCCAGCCCUCACAAGUGAAAGGUUCCUCCCAGGCCCCUCAGGGGCCCCAGCCACAUACCACUUCAACAGAAGUAUCCUGGAUGAGUAUGGCCAUGGAAAAGACUAAAUGUCUCCAAAAUCUGUUCACAAGUAAAUUUCCAAAAGAUUUUUCUGUAGGGCAGAUAGCAGUUUGUUCAGAUAAAAUACAAGUUCAAUCACCAAAUCUAGCACAAACAGUCACACAAAGAUUGGAUGCAAAAAGUACAAAUCAGCCAUUAACAAGUGCUGCCACAACUGAGGCAGUAGAUCUCAAACCCCCAGCACAAACUGUAAAGCAAUUAUUGCCUGCAACCACAGCACAGCAGACCUCAUCAGCAUCUCCUUUUAGAGAAACUCAAAUCACAAAGCCAACACUGUCACAGCCAGUAUCAACAGAGGCAGUCAGCCACUCUGUAACUCAGGGCAAUAUAUGGACCAGCCAAUCUCCUCUGCGCUCUAUUCGACAGGUAGAAAGCACAUCACAGAGCCCCUCCAGUUCUCACAACACAGCUCAGCCUCUAUGGGGUACUCAUAGUCUGCGCUCAACAGGUAUAGAUGUUACUCAGGAUAGCACUGCUGAAAGUAAGACCAGCACAGCUACUGUAGAGACAGAGGGUCAGUCAGUUUGGGGCGCAUCAGUGAGUAAGAAGGCGGCUUUUUUGGAGAAAAGAGCUGAGUGGACAUCUUCACCAGUGGAAAUAAAAAGUGACACAUUAGUCAACAAAGAGGCAAAAGCAGAAUCUAAGCAUACAGCGUCAAACACUAAAAAGAUCCCAGAGAGGCCUAAAGAAGAAAAAUGGAUUCGAAAAACUGCUGAUUCGUCCUCUGCUCCAUCACCUUCUCCUACUCUGUCCUCUACCCUACAGUCUAUGUCUGACAGUGGAGAACUGUCCUGGAUAGAGCUUGCAAAAAGAAAAUCAAUGGCCUGGAGUGAUAAGACCAUGGACUAAUGAUAUAUGAACUGUGUUGGGGCUAUUUAAAAGUAACAAUAUCGUAUUUACUACUGAAUGUUUUAAAGUAUUUUAUAAAAUGUAACAUUUUCAAGAGAAAGGGAUAUAAUGCAAGAAACAACUAUUUGUGUUUUGUAAUUUUGCUAUUUUUUUGUCUAUGCACAGUAGGCUGCAGCAGUGGAAUAAUGAACCUUUACAUGGCCUAAUAUAAGACUUUUAAUUAAUCAGAGCUUCAAAUUAUUCUGCAUCAUCUCUACACAUUACAUCAAAGAUUUAUUUAAAUGUGACAACUGUGUUUUUUCCCUUUUAUGCUGGAUGAGAAUUGAAUCUUGUCAUUUCUGUGCCAUUUAACUUAUUUAGUAAGUCGAAUAUAUGGGCACGUUUAUGUGGGACAUCCUUUUAAUUCAUUUGUAGUACUUUUGUGGAAUGCACUGUGCAUUCUACAUUAGCCUACUUAAUUUGUGAAACUGUAGGAUGAAACUGCACUUUAUACACAAAGUAAAAUUAACCUGAAAUAUUUGUUAUCAUUGUCUAUUUGUCUGCAUCAAACAGACUAUCUUUGUCAGUAGGGAAGAUGGGCUUAGAUUUCUUGCUAUUUAGUCCAGGCGUGUUGUUGUCUUUU